CAUGCAUGAUCUUUUAUUGAUUGCGCAAUCAAUGGCAAUUGACGAGUUGUGAGUGAGUGAUCAGCCCUUUAAAAAAAUAGGACUUUUUGUUUCAUUGCGACAGAUAACCUCAAGUGGCUCAACAUGGAGUACAUGGAACCUCAAGAUUCAACACAGGGUAUGAUAUUGUGUUGCCAAUGUGGGACCCCUAUUCAGCCCAACCCAGCCAACAUGUGCGUGGCUUGUCUGCGAACCCAAGUUGACAUCACAGAAGGCAUUCCCAAGCAGGCGGCCGUCUACUUCUGCAAAGCAUGUGAGAGGUAUCUACAGCCUCCAGCCCAGUGGAUUACAUGUACACUAGAAUCCAGGGAGUUACUUGCUCUCUGUCUCAAGAAACUCAAAGGACUCGCUAAGGUGAGACUCAUCGAUGCAGGGUUCGUGUGGACCGAGCCCCAUUCCAAGAGGUUAAAGGUCAAACUGACCAUACAGAAGGAGGUCCAGAGCGGAACUGUUCUGCAGCAGGUCUUCAUAGUCGACUUUGUCGUCCAGGGUCAGAUGUGUACUGACUGCCAUCGUGUGGAAGCCAAGGACUACUGGAGAGCCGUGGUACAGGUCAGACAAAAGACGGCCCACAAGAAGACGUUCUAUUACCUGGAGCAGUUGAUCCUCAAGCACAAUCUCCAUGUGAACUGUCUGAACGUCAAGCAGCAUGAUGAAGGCAUUGAUUUCUACUACGCCUCUAAGGACCAGUCUAAUGGAGCCAGGAAGAUGGUGGACUUCCUUAUGUCUGUUGUCCCAUGCAAGUACAAACUGUCCCAACAGCUGAUCUCCCAUGACAUCCACAACAACACCUACAGUUACAAAUACACAUACUCUGUGGAGAUUGUACCCAUUUGUAAGGACAAUGUUGUGUGUCUCCCCAAGAAGCUGGCAGCCUCUCUAGGAAACAUUGGACAGAUCUGUGUGUGUAUCAGAGUGUGUAGCACGGUGCAGUUGAUUGAUCCUAAUACACUGCAGAUUGUGGAGCUGAAUGCAACAACCUUUUGGCGCAAUCCGUUCAGCUCGUUAUGUGACCCUCAUCAGCUGACAGAGUAUACCGUCCUUCAGGUUGAGAGGGUAGCUGAUAGUGAUGUGAAGCACGUGAAAGGAGGAGGAGCCAAGUCAAAGAAGCAUCUCCUAGCAGAUGUCUGGUUGAUGCGAAGCCAAGACAUGGGCGUGGUGGACACUCAGUAUCACUGUCGGACCUUCCUCGGCCAUCUACUCUCUGCAGGAGACACCGUCAAGGGUCUUGAUCUGGUCAAUUCUAACGUCAACAACAAAGCUCUAGAACAGAUGAAAGCUGAGACUCUUCCAGACGUGGUCAUAGUCAAGAAAUACUUUGGUGACCGUAGUCGUCGACAUCGCAAGCGCAACUGGAAGCUGAAGACGAUGACCAAAGAGGUCGCCCUGCAUGAGAACGCCGCCGAAAGGGACUACAUGGGCUUCCUUGAAGACUUGGAGGAGGAUGGCGAUUACAGGAAAAACAUCAACAUUUAUGUUGAUCGAAGCAAGAACAUCGCAGUGGAGAGCAGUGACGAGGAUGCUGCUCCACAGAUCAGUCUCCAGGAGAUGCUUGAAGACUUUCACAUCGGAGGCAAUGAGGGCGCCGAUGAAGAGGGUGGGGAGGAAGCAGCGGGAAUGGAGUGAUACAUGUAGAUGUAUCAGUAGCAUAGGUGUUGUGGUAGAGGUGUUGUGGACUAGUGGAUAAGUCACCCGACUGCAGAUCACAAGGUACAGGGUUCAAGUCCUGCCGCGGCACUAAUGUCCUUUGGCAAGACAUUAAUCUACAUUUGCCACUCUCCACCCAGGUGUAAAUGGGUACCUGAUAUGCUUGAGCGCUAGUUACUAUGGCAGCUCGGCUGCGACCAGGGUAAUAUGUGUGAAGCGCCAUGAGCGUCAGAACCUGACGCAUACUGGGGCUAUAUAAAUAACCAUAUUAUUAUAUUCAGCAGAAUUAUUUAGUUGUAUUGUCUGUAGGUAAUUGUCGGCCUACUUUUCCUUUUCUCUUGAUAUAAUUGGGAAAUCCACCACAACCAUGACAUCAAUUAGAGAAAUGGGUUAUUGAAAGUUGAUAAAUAUAUGUUGGGAAAUAUGAAAUGUUCAAAUUUUGACCAUCUUUUUUCAAAUUGGCAGGCCCAUCAUUCCCUCUUCGAGCACCUUUCGAUUUUCUCUUGUCUGGAAAAUGUUCAACAUAUCAAAAUUCUUAGUUUUGAUCAUACAAUAUAAACUUCCUAAAGGAUUGAAAGGAACAUGCUUACAAUGAUAUAAUUAUGGUACAGGUUUGCAAAAUACAAUUUUUGUUGAGAAAAAA